AUGGAUUUAGAGCCAUGGAAAAUGUGGUUCGGUGGGUUGAAUGCGAAUGGCCUGGUAGGAGUUGGAGUUAUGAUCAAAUCACCCCAAGGAACAGAAACCACACAUGGCUUUAAAGUUGAUGAAAUUACUUGCUCUAAUAAUCAAGCUGAGUACGAAGCCCUGAUUAUGGGACUUGAGAUACUCAUCGUAGCCACAUACUACUUUACAAAGUGGGUCAAAGCUAAGCCCUAUAAAACAGUGGACCAAACAGAAGUAAUUGACUUCAUCAAAGAAUUGGUUCACGAGUUUGGUAUUCCACAAACCAUAACUGUAGAUAAUGGAAUUGUGUUCAAUGGAAAGCUAGUAAAAGCUUUCGCAGUAGAGUUUGGAAUUAGUCUUAUUAAUUCCACCCCCUAUUAUGCACAAGUAAAUGGCCAAGCAGAGUCAUCGAACAAAUCCUCGAAGAAAGAGAUACAGAGGGUUGUUCAGGAAAAUCCCAGAGAAUGGCAUAAUUUACAAUUAGAUGUAUUAUGGACAUAUAGGACUUCUCAAAGAUCAAGCACAGGAAUUACCCUUUAUCCCCUGGUAUAUGGACAUAAUGCAAUAUUACCUGUUGAGAUCAAUAUAGAGUCUUUAAGGGUCAAGUGGCAGAAUCACUUAAGUACUGAUCAGUAUCAUCAAAGCAUGUGUAUGGAAUUGGAAAACAUAGAUGAGGCCAGAAUUUUGGCACUAAACAACAUUCUUUUACAAAAGAAGAAAACAGCCAAAAGCUGUAAUAAAAGGGUCCAACACCUUAGUUUUGAUAAAGGGGACUUAGUUUGGAAAACAAUACUUCUAGUGGGCAUUAAAAGCCAUAAGUUUGGCAAGUAG